AUGGAGGUGGAUUUAGAAUCUCAAUCCCAAACAGCGGCUGGAGAUGCUCGUUCUAUCUUCGCAAAAACCACCCGUCCUGUUACUCUCAAGUUCGAAGACGUAGUGUACACAAUCAACACCAAUCAACAGGGGUGUCUAUGCAAAAAUGCUGGCGGCUCAGCCAGUGGCUCUGAAAGGAUGAUCUUGAAAGGCAUCUCUGGUGCAGUGCUUCCCGGAGAGAUGCUCGCCAUGUUAGGGCCUUCGGGCAGCGGCAAGACCACCCUUCUCACCGCCUUAGGUGGUCGUCUCAGAGGGAAACUAUCAGGCAGCAUCACCUACAAUGGCAAGCCCUUCUCCAAUGUGAUGAAACGUAACACCGGUUUUGUCACCCAAGAUGAUGUGCUCUACCCUCACCUCACUGUCACUGAGACAUUGGUUUUCACAGCGCUGCUGAGGCUUCCCAGCAGCCUGAGCAGAAAACAGAGAGAAGACCAAGCAAUGUCAGUCAUGAAUCAGCUGGGCCUCACGAAGUGCAAGAACAGUAUCAUAGGUGGGCCUUUCCUGAGAGGCGUAUCAGGAGGAGAGAGGAAGAGGGUGAGCAUUGGACAGGAGAUGCUUAUAAACCCUAGCCUCUUGUUCCUAGAUGAGCCGACAUCGGGUUUGGACUCAACGACCGCGCAGAGUGUAGUGUCGACCCUGUGGGAGCUGUCCAGAAGUGGUGGGAGGACGGUGCUCAUGACCAUACACCAGCCUUCGAGCAGGCUCUUCUACAUGUUUCAUAAGAUCCUUCUCAUGUCAGACGGGAACCCUCUCUAUUUCGGCAAAGGGUCAGAGGCUUUGGACUACUUCUCCAGCAUCAAUCACACUCCCUCAGUCGCCAUGAAUCCUUCUGAUUUCCUUCUCGACCUUGCGAAUGGUAUAUCUGGUGAUGAUGUGGAGGAGAAUAGGGCAGCUGUGAAGGAAGAAUUGGCUGCUGCCUAUAGGAGUAACAUUGCUGAGAAGCUGAAAAGGGAGCUUAAAGGGAUUGAAAUUCAAGGGGGAGAGAUCGUAAAUGAUAAAAAGAUGGGGAGAUGGACAACAUCAUGGUGGGACCAGUUCACAGUCUUGAUGAGGAGGGGCGUGAAAGAAAGGAAACAUGAGGUGUUCUCCCCCCUCAAGUUUGGCCAAGUAAUAGUGGUCGCUUUGCUUGCAGGUCUUUUAUGGUGGCGAUCUACCCUUGACCACAUUCAAGAUCAGAUUGGGCUCCUUUUCUUCAUCUCUGGAUUUUGGGGCAUGUUCCCUGUCUUCCAGGCUAUCUUCACCUUCCCUCAAGAGCGUGCAAUGCUGACAAAAGAGAGGUCUUCAGGCAUGUAUAGGCUCUCCUCUUACUUCAUGUCGAGGAUGGUUAGUGACAUGCCAAUGGGGCUUGUCCUUCCAACCAUCUUUGUAACCAUAGUCUAUUGGAUGGGAGGCCUCAACCCAAACGCAGGCAACUUCUUCCACACCCUCUUUGUGAUACUCCUCGGCGUCGUAGUCGCAGAGGGUCUUGGUCUUGCAAUUGGAGCCAUGGUUAUGAACCUCAAGAACGCCACAACACUCGGCUCCGUCAUCAUGCUCGCAUUCACUCUCGCUGGAGGAUACUAUGUGCAAAAUGUUCCGGUCUUCAUUGCUUGGUUUAAGUAUCUCUCUCUCAGCCAACACGUCUUUAAGCUCCUAAUCGGAUCACAGUUCACUGCCGAUCAGAUGUACCCGUGUGGACCCAAUGCAUCAUGUCCAGUCAGUGAGUUCCCUUCAAUAAAAAGCAUUGGAUUCGACGGACAAGCAAUCUCUGCGGUCGCAUUGCUGGUAAUGUUCUUCGGCUACCGGCUGAUCGCUUAUCUGGGAUUGAUGAGGGUUGGGGUUUCGAGUUAAAAAGGCCAAAAAGCACUGAUUUUCUCUAGCCUGUAAGAUCUAUUAACCUCUUUAAAACUUAGGGAAAGGAAAACGAAAAACAAAAAAACGAA